CUGAAAUAUAAUUUGCUGUCGUAUCAAUAACGACUGUUUCAACUUUGAAGAAAGGCUCGAUCCUUUUGGAGGUGAAUCAAUAGGCUAUUGCAGUUUUGUUUUGUUUUUUUCAGUCUUGCCUGUCAUGUUCCAUUAUCUUCUGAAGAGGAUCGCGAAAAAAAAUGAGUUCAAGUAAUCCACUGUCUAAUCAGGUGGCUUUCAAUGAGGCUGUUGCUGAAGUUUCAUGUGAACCAAUAAAGAAACACGUUCAAGAAGGUAUUGGAAAUACAAAUAGAAAACCUCCGAAACGUUCGAAGCGUAAACAAACAUUUGGAGCUAACAAUCUGCCAGAAAUAGAUGAUAAUAAUACAAUAAGCGAAAGAGUAGAAAUUAUUCACAAGACUGUUGGAGUUAACAAUUUCCCUAAAAUAGAUGAUCAUGAAAUAAGCGAAGGUUUUGAAGUGAACCGCCAGUCACGUAAAACAUAUGAGCGUAAACGUUCUCGAAACGUUGUGUUUGAUAAUAUAACGCUUCGCAAAGAGCCUUUACCUCAAGAAACAGAUAAGAUUGAAUACUCUCAAAAGACAGCAAAAAGGGUUCCAGUAUGCCGGGCGAUCAUAAAUGCUGGAAAAGGCGUUAAACGUUCUGAAAUAUUUGAUAACGAAAUAAGGGAAAGUUUUGAAGUGAACAGACAGUCGCGUCGUGAAGAGGCUAAAUCUCUAGAAACAGAUAGUCUUGAACAGUCUCAAAAUGCAGUGAAAAGUGUUUCGCAAUCCCGUACAAUCAUCAGUGCUCGGAGAGGCGUUAGAAAGCCACAACGAAGAACAGAAGACAAAUUUGAAUCAUGUGAGAGCAGAGAGAGAUGUAGAUUGAAUGAAGAAUUGUUUACUCCCGACGAACUUGCUUGCUUAGAAAAAGCUGGGGUUCCGCAUCCAAUUACGUCUGAGCAACUAGUAUCUAUUACUGAAGCAAUUUAUAAAGAAUACCAUUCCGAAAUCGUCGUUUGUGCUGUUUGUGAUGAAAUGUUUAGUCAUUUGGAAACCAAACUUAUGAGUGCAGCUGAUCUGCCAAUCAGUUUUUUCAGUGUUUUACGUAAACCUUCUGGAUUGCCUAAUGAAGUCCCAGCUUUACAUCCACUUCUUCUACAGCAAUAUGAUGUUAGUCAUUACUUUCCAGCUGAUCCACGGUUUCAAGGAUUAUUAAUAUCACCCCGAGGUCUGGAAAUUCACCACAAAAAAUGCUUAGUGAAAUAUCAGAACUGUUGUAAAUCUCAACUUUACAUUUGCGUUACUAACGGAUGUUUAACAGCUCUUCAACACAACAAGAUCCCCAAGUUUGCGAUUGCUCAUGGCAACUAUAUUGGUCAACUUCCGGAAGCGAUACGAGAAAUGACAUUUGCCUCUAGAUCCUUAAUUCGGCCAAUAACUUCAUUCGGUCGAAUGGCUUGUUACUCUGAUACUAGUGGAACGCGGCUAACAGGUCAUGUUUAUUCAAACCGUCUAAAUACAGCCCUAGUAAGGCAGAAGCUUCCGAUGGCCCCUGCAACUACAGCAAUUCGGGUAUUGAUCGUUUCCCCAAUGGCUUCCGACCAAACAGCUGUAUCAAGAGGGAAGAUGGCAUCAGUGAAGUCCGAUUAUAUUAUUGAACCCGAAAAGAUUGCUAGUUCUUUACGCUUUUUCCGAGAUGUUGGUAACAAAGUCAUGAAAAACGUUGAAAUAGAUCAAGAUGCAAUCAACAAUUUGCCUUCUGAUAAAACAUCAGUGGACAUGCUAUUUACGACAGAACAGGAAACUGAAGAUUCUCAUCAAGAUCCUGAUUUAGUUCAAUCAGUUGAAUUCGACAACGGUACAGGUGGACCUUCUCUGUUUAGAUCAAAUGAAGAAUUUCUUGACGGGGUUUUUGAAUCCGCAACUGUUACAAUUGGAACUGUAGAACCGGAAGAGAUCAACGAUCAUGGGAAAAUAGCUCGUGUAUUACACACGAUACUUGACGAAGGCACAUCUUCAAAUGAGGUGACUAGCAAAGAUGAUCUGGGAACGAAUAAAAGUUCGUCUACUUAUGUUGUUCGCCCAGAAAAGGAAUUCAUGUCGGAUUCCAACCCUGAUUACCUUGAGCUCCAUUAUCCGGAUUUAUUCCCAUUUGGAUGUGGUGGAUUCGGAGAGCAACGGAAGAAUCCAAUUUCGAGAAAAGCAUUAGUUCAGCACCUCCUUAAUUUAAGUUCAAGACAAUUCCAGCAAGUGGAUUUUGUUUUACCCAUUUACGACAUGGUGACACGCCAGCAAGUGUCCAAUAUGGCGUAUGUACGUUCCAUUCUUCCUUCUCGAUUGUCAGGAUCAGAGAGGGGCACUACAAAUUCCAAAGGAGAAGUGUAUGGACGAGUUUCGAUGGAAGAUUUGAGAGCUGCCCAUGGUUAUAAAGUUACCUGCUCCGAAGCAGCAAGUCAAGGCUGCCGGUUUCCCUUGCCUCCAGCGAGUUUAAACGGAUUAGCAAUAGAUUUCUUCACGGACAUCGGAAUUUCUACGCAACCCAUGCAGCAUUCACAGGCAGCAGCAAAUCGAAAUCGCCAAAAGGUGUAUGCAGCACACAAUUCACUGGGAAAAGCUCAAAUAUGGUUUACCGUGAGUCCCGACGACACUCAAUCAUUCAAGAUCGUUGUGAACGCACUGGGAUCUCAAGCAGUUAAUUUCGAAAAUCCCGUUCCAACAGGGGAAAAGCGAUUCAAACUGUUGGCCAAACAUCCCGUUGCAGCUGCCCUUCAUUUUCAACGCAUUUUGAAGAUGGUUAUAAAAAAAGUCUUGGGUUGGAAUCGAAGCCAGCUAUUGCCAUACAGAUCGGGAGGUGUGUUUGGUGUUCCUAAAGGUUACCUGUAUCUCGUUGAAGAACAAUCGAGGCUCACACUGCACGCUCAUUUUCUUAUAUGGCUUUACGGCCAUGAGAAUAUAGAACGACAACUGCUCCGCGCGUCUAGACUGGACGAAGAAGAACGCAAAGCGAAUGAUGUAUCCCACAACAUGCACGAAUUAUUCCAGGUUAAUUUCCUUAAUUUUUAUUUCUAAUUUUUUUUGCAUCCAAAAGACAAAAAGAUCAUAAUUACUAUAAUACUAUUUCAAGUAAAAAUAUCAAAAUAACUUAAACGAAAAACGAAGCGUAAGAGCCUAAGAGGGGGUGGGGGUUGGUGCAAGGGUUGUUGGGUGUUGUGGUUUGGUUUGUUCUAACUGUUUAUAGAUUUUUCUUUAACUAUAACUAAUUAUUUUUUAUUUCAUAUUGCUUAUGAAAAUAAUAAAUUUUGUUGUAACUUAA